UAGUUCUUCUAGAUAUCGCCGUAUAGCGCUGACGUCGCUCGGGUCUCACAUACACAUAAUAGAUGUUUCAUGUAUUGGUGGCUUUGUUGUGAUUUGAAAAUUGUAUUCAUGCAGCGUUAUUAUUGUUAAGUUGGCCGAUUAGAUGUUUUUUCAUUCAUGCUAAAAUAGUUGAAAGUUAUUGGUGAGAACAAAGAUGAGGAGGGUGUGUGCAUUUCCUGGAUGUAAAUCAGGAACAGCAAAUGAUAAAAGACACAAUAAAUCGGGUGGAGUGCGUAAUAAAAGUUUAUUUAAAUUUCCACAUCAGAAUUUUCUUUUGAGAAAAAAAUGGGAAGAGGUAAUCGGUCGAGUUGCUAAAAAUACUGAGGUUUUGUGGGAGCUGCAUUCUUCUAGAGAGGAUAUAUUAGAUAAAUAUGAAACUAUUUUAUCAAAUGGAACCAAACACAUCAUGCAGCGUGGCACAGUGACAUUGAAAUCUACGGCAGUCCCUUUAGUUUCAAAUCAAGAUAUUCCCUCCGUAGAACAUACGACAAAUGUUCCACUUCAUGAUCUCUCUAGAAACAACAGUUCACCGUCACCUCCCACAAACAUUUUUGAUAUCUUCCCGUAUUCAAUGCCACCAACAACUUUGGGCAUGAUGGAUACUAUGGGCUCAACAUGAAGGCAAACAGCUUAAGGAAAACGUUAAAUCGCCGAUGAGAAUGCAAACCCCAAUACACCCAAGAAACUCCAAGAAUCUGUCCCCAAGAAAUUGAUUCAUGCAAU